AGAAUGGCAGCCAAAGUUUUAACAAUUUGAUCACUCUGAUUUUGAAUCAAGAAUUUCUAAAUAUAGAGACGUGUCGUGCCUCAUUUUACCUUCAUCUCUCUUCAAACCCUAGACCUCUCUAUUCCUCAACUACCACUUCUCGUAGCGCUUUUCUAUAUAUAAAUAUUUGGUAAUUAUGGCGAGGAAGAUGCUUAUUGAUGGGGAGCUGAGCAAGCCUAAUGAAGAGGAGACCCAUUAUGACUUUGAUUUGUUUGUUAUUGGGGCUGGAAGUGGUGGCGUUCGUGCUGCCAGGUUUUCAGCGAAUUUUGGGGCUAAGGUUGCAAUCUGUGAGCUUCCCUUUCACCCAGUCAGCUCAGAAGUAAUUGGAGGGGUUGGUGGCACGUGUGUUAUCCGUGGUUGUGUUCCUAAAAAGAUUUUGGUGUAUGGAGCAUCUUUUAGAGGUGAAAUUGAGGAUGCCAAGAAUUAUGGGUGGGAAUUGAAUGACAAAGUGGACUUUAACUGGAAAAAACUUUUACAUAAGAAGACAGAGGAAAUAGUCAGGUUAAAUGGAAUUUACAAGCGGUUACUGACAAAUGCUGGGGUGAAACUGUAUGAAGGAGAGGGAAAGAUUGUUGGUCCUAAUGAAGUUGAGGUGACACAACUGGACGGCACUAAGUUGUGUUAUUCAGCAAAGCACAUAUUGAUUGCAACUGGUAGUAGGGCUCAACGUCCAACUAUUCCAGGGCAGGAGUUGUCUAUUACCUCUGAUGAGGCUUUGAGUUUGGAUGAGUUGCCCAAGCGUGCUGUAAUACUAGGGGGAGGGUACAUUGCUGUUGAGUUUGCUUCAAUAUGGAAUGGGAUGGGUGUUUCUGUAGAUCUAUUUUUCAGAAAGGAACUUCCAUUAAGAGGUUUUGACGAUGAAAUGAGGGCAGUAGUCGCAAGAAAUCUGGAAGCCAGGGGAAUUAAUCUGCAUCCAAGGACAAAUUUAUCAGAGUUGGUUAAAACGGAAGAUGGAAUAAAAGUUAUCACAGAUCAUGGUGAAGAAUUGACAGCAGAUGUUGUACUUUUUGCCACUGGUCGGGCGCCUAACACAAAAAGGUUGAACUUGGAAGUUGUAGGUGUGGAAUUGGACAAGAUGGGAGCUGUGAAGGUAGAUGAGUACUCCCAGACUAACAUACCUAGCAUAUGGGCCAUUGGUGAUGUUACAAAUCGAAUGAAUCUUACCCCUGUGGCCUUAAUGGAGGGAACCUGCUUUGCAAAAACUGUCUUUGGUGGGCAACCUAGCAAACCUGACUACAGGGAUAUACCUUGUGCUGUGUUCUGUUUACCAUCCCUUUCUGUUGUGGGUUUGAGCGAAGAACAGGCUACAGAUCAAGCAGAGGGAGACAUUUUGGUUUUCACAUCAACCUUCAAUCCAAUGAAAAACACAAUCUCUGGACGGCAAGAGAAGACAAUUAUGAAGCUUGUUGUUGAUGCUGAGACGGACAAAGUUCUUGGGGCAUCUAUGUGCGGGCCAGAUGCACCUGAAAUUAUGCAGGGCAUUGCUGUUGCACUCAAGUGUGGAGCAACUAAGGCACAGUUUGACUGCACGGUGGGCAUACAUCCUUCUGCUGCAGAAGAGUUUGUUACAAUGCGGUCAGUGACAAGGCGUAUUGCGGCGGGCAACAAACCAAAGACAAAUCUUUAAAGAUCAUCAAUAGAAAUUGUAGAACAUGGUUGGGUUGGAAGGAGAGAGACAUGUUUUCUCAGAAGUAAAUUUAUUUCAGUGUUAAUUUAUGGGAUAGUAGUAGACAAAAAAUUCAUGAAAGGCUUAAGUCGGGUCCCAGAGUCACAAUAAAAGGUGAGGGAAAUUGAAGCAGUGUUGGCUAAGACGGUUGAGUGAAGUAAAGGGUGUGGCCAUGUUCUGUAAAAUCUCAUUUAAUUUGAUAUGGAUCAGUCUUUCCCAUGUAAUGCAAAAAAAUAAAAAUCUCAGGCCUUAAUCCUUGAUCAAUAAGCCAGACAUCCUAGGAUAAGAUGGCAUCUUCCUUUACACCCCAAUGUUUUAUGAAAUAUAGGGCCAAAUUUGUUUUAAAGAUAUGUUACAAAGGUGGUUUUUUUUUAAGAACCAUAUUCUUUCUA